AUGUCCAUCUUCCUACCUUGGUUGUUCCAGAAGCGUAUGCUCAAAUACGUCCUAUCCCGUCUAGAGCUCAUCGACACCGAAGCUCUAGAUCUCGAUAGCUUAGGGAUCCAGUGGGGACAGCGAAGCACAGUCGAGCUCCGAGAUGUCGGAUUGCACCUCGAAAAAAUAGCCGCACUCCUUCGCCUUCCAGCGUCAAGUGAACUGCUACGUGCCCGGAUUCGCUUGCUCCGAAUCACCGUCCCUGCCGAUAUUCACAGCAGCCCGAUCAUCUGCGAGAUCGGCGGUAUCGAUGUGCACUUGAGGUUACCUUCAGAGGACGAAGUUGGAGCUGUAAAAAAUGGCAUUUUUGGUGGCCACGAACCGGAUCAUGACACUAUUCUGCCGAGCCCGGCGGAUUUGGCCGAGUCGUUUCUACAAACUGAACCAAAAGAGGAGAAAGAGGAGCUGGAAGCCGCCAUUUCAUCACAAUCCCAGAUGCUACACCAUAGUUCAGCGUCGACGGAUGAAUAUGGCAACGACGAUAUCGGGCUCGGAGAAGAAACACUAUCAUUGCCUACUUUCGUCGCGGACUUUCUGAGGGGUAUUGCGGAUCGCCUGCAGGUUCGGGUUGAUGACAUCGCCAUACGACUUGAUGUAGAGACAAAACAAGAGGGCCCUUCCAAGAGGCAGCCUGAAGAGAAGCCUGAUCUGAUUACAGGGCUCUUAACUAUCCGUCAGAUCAGCGUAGGAGCUGUUGCCACAGCUUCCGCUCCCGAUGCACACUCACUGCACAUUGGCAAGAGACCGAUAUCUUUCUCCGACAUUAACCUCGCCCUUGUCUCUGAGCCAAUAGUAUUCUCGAACUAUUCUCGAUUCACUGCCCCGGUAUCGCCUACGACUCCUUUGCAUCCGAAACAAAGCCAACCUUCGAGCCCUGCAUCGUCAAUACCACCCCCGCCGUCAUCCGUAUCUAGCUCCGGUCAUGCCAUGAUGGAUUCGACUAUCUUUGAGCCCUCCCAGCAUUUCAUACCGACGAGCGCGAACGAGUGCGCCGCGUCUAGGCUUGAAGAGUCCACUUAUACCCACGAUGGCAGGUUUUCUGAUGCAGAUACAGAGGAGACUAGAAGCUACGGAUAUCUUGAGCAAUCCCAGAAUCUGUCAGAGGAUGAAAGGUUGUUAGAUAACCCAGGAUACCUCGAUUCUGUGAUCGGUUCUCAACUUCAAGACGGUGAUCUCGACGACCUAGAUGGGCUUCUAUUUGACGACACCAAUCAUCUUGACACCGAUGAAAGUACACCUCGGUUGCAAGGCUCAAUGUCACAGACUCCAGACGUCCAAAACAUGCUUCCGGGGUCCAGCACUACGCCGAUUGUGGCUGCUUCAGAACCAAAUGUGCGCGAGCAUCGAAGUCAAUUUUCCCACGAUAGCUCUGUUCCCGAUGCUAGAGAAUAUAAUCCUCCAUCAUCAUUGCCUAGUUUACCUCCGCGGCACCCAGAGAGCACUACAGAAGAUGAUUUGGGGCCACCACUAUCCAUACCGAUUCCCCCACCAGACACUACGAGCUCGGAUUCUGCCUCCAGUUCUUUCAACGCCGAUCUCUCCGAAUCGAAAUUGUUCUCCAACGAGGAAGCCCAGAGCAUGUACAUGAGUGCUAUAAGUCAUGGUUCUACCUCAAGGAGUUUCGUUCCAAAUAUGCCUGGCGCCUGGGACUCCCCUGGAUCCCCAGUAGAUCGCGGAAGAGUUCCCCCUCUCCAUUCCUCAGGGUCAAGCGCAAUCCGUCACAGUGAGGAUGAAACGAGAAUACCAACACCUAAGCCUUCAUACAAUGAACACCCGUACUCGCUGGGCCAUGCAGCUCUCAGUGACGUACAGGAAUCACAAGGUGAUCCAGCUGGCGGACACUCAUUUCACUCCUCAGCCGACUCUAACGGGAUUACGGACGUGGCAAAACGUUUCCUCAACGUCGACCGAAUCACAAUCUGGAUACCCUCGGCCAAACCUGACAAGCAGCGAAAAGACAAUAAGAAAGAUGACAAGAAGCGGGUUCCGCUGGACACUAGAGGCGACAACCCUAAAAACUCAAUCAUCCACUCGAGGUUUUCUUCCUCCUUUCGAGCUCGCAGUGACUCGACUGACCUGGCUUUCGCCGUUGAGAAUGCUGAUAUAAAGCCGGAUCCCAACCCAAAUAUAGGGUCAGAUGCCGGGAACAAUGAUAUCGCAGUUGAGGUCUCGUCUGUAGAGAUCCAACUCGAUAUAGCCCUUGGUUGGCUACUUUCCAAGUACGGCCAAAGACUUCUCCAGGCCUUUGGCGGGAGUGGCCAAGCGAGCGCCGCCGAAGGUCCCACUGGGAAACCUCCUCAGGACCCUAAAGAUGUCAAUCUUACUCUGGGUAAAUUCUCUAUUAAGUUUGUCGAGCAUGUUCCUGGAAACCCUUAUCCUCCAGGGAGUCAAGAAGAACACCACAACUCCUUCCUCAAUUUCUUACAUGAUGAUAUCAUCCUGCAGACUACGGCAUUGGGUGUAAAGAGCCGUUUUUCCAGUGGUGGGGACACAACACAGCUUUCGGUCGAGAUCUCCAAAUUCACACUUGGUUUUGCGUCUGAAGACCUGGUUUCGUUCAAUGAAGACUUGAAAAUGCGAGAGUCUACUAGAGAUAUCCUAUCGCCCGUCGGUGCGGAUAUCUCACUUUCGUUAAAUAAGUCUCCAGACUCGGCGAGACUCACCAUCGCCACACUCCCACUCAAUAUCAAUAUAAACAUCCAGCGGCUAGAGGAACUUCUGGGUUGGUUUGGAGGCUUGAGCACGAUCCUGGAACUCGGCAACUCGAUGUCUUCCCUUUCCGGCGGUAAGGGACAGAAAAAAGAAGUACCAAAGCGACCUCGCGGUGUCCAUUUUGAGGGCUCCCCUCCACCGAAGGCAACAAUAUCUCAAACCGACGCUGCACCUGACGCUACACCUUGGAAAGUCAACGCUAGGCUUGGUGGUAUUUCGUUGAAAGUAGUAGGAGAGAGCCAUCAUCUCACGCUGCAGACGACUGCUGCCAAAAUAGUCAGCAGAUUCGAGGGCAUAGCACUUCAGAUUGACAAGGCAAAGCUUUGCGGGCCCUUGGCUUUUGAUGACUAUAGGGAUGCACCAGCAAAGAUCAGCCUAAACAAUAUUCGACUGGAAUACCUGUUUACUCCGAAAGAGCCUGAUCUAGAUCGACUCCUCGCUCUAAUUACCCCAUCCAAAGACAAAUAUGACGAAGAUGAUGAUAUUAUGAUAGACACUCUUUUCAGACAACGAAAGCAAGGGUCUGUCCUCCGUGUCACAGUUGCUGGGGCCAAAGUCGUUGUCUCCCGCAUACCCGGCCUGGAGCCACUUCAGCAACUAGGGGAAGAACUAAGCAGACUGUCUACCGUUACAAAAUAUUUGCCUGAAGAUGAUCGGCCAGGCAUCUUGACCCUGUUGCUGAUCCGAGAGGCUGAAGCUCGCUUGCACGUCGGUGGCAAGAUUGGCACUGUCACCGCAACGCUUGAGGAUGCGGAAGCAGCGCACAUCAGCAUCCCGUCCCUAGUAGCAGCUCAGGUAGGGUCAAUCCGACUUGUGAGGAACGACAACGAGGAGCUUAUCGGCCAAGCACUGCCAUCUGCCCUUGAACAAACUCGCAUUCCAGUUCUGAUGGCCCGUUUCAUCGCCGAUGAAAUGGACCCGACGAUUAAGAUCAAACUACAUAACCUGCGAGUCGAGUAUACCAUUCCUUCUAUCGUAGCAUUCCUCGGCAUAAGCGAUGAAAUGUCCUCAGGAGAUGUUGCUGCCAACAUGGCCUCGUCUUUGGCGAAUCUUGCGGAGCUGCAGUCGCAGUCAGAAGAAGCCCAAUCUACAAACCAGGAAACAAGCCCUACUCCAGUCAAGCCUACCAAGCUGACAGUCGCUAUGCGGGACUGUAUCCUCGGUCUCAACCCUCGUGGGACUGUUGCUAGAGGCCUUUUCGUCUUGACUAACGCGAGUUUCUGCGGCACUAUACACGAUCCUUCAUCAUCGGAAGCCACGUUAGAUCUUCGAAAAGCGUCUAUCAUGAUUAUUGACGAUGCAAGCCACACUGAAGAGGAGAAUAAUCCGCCCCGGCGGCGGGUACCCUCCUCCCAGAGCAGCCAAGUCCAGUCUUUGAUGGAUAUGGGAUACGUCUCCGUCUCGUCGAUAUCUGCAGCCACAGCCACUGUAAAGAUAGUGCGUCUGGGUGACGAUGGCACAAAGUCGCUUGAUGUUGAACUUAGGGACGACCUGUUAAUCCUCGAAACCUGUGCUGACUCCACACAAACGCUUAUCAGCAUAAUGAACGGGCUCCAGCCUCCGACUCCUCCGAGCGUUGUGACCAAGUAUCGCACUGAGGUUAUGCCAAUCGACGAUAUGCUGGCGUCCUUUACUGGAGACGCGUUUACGGCGGAUUGGCCGGAAGGCAGUGCAGCGACUGUUGAUAAGGCUGAAAUUCCUGAGAGUGAUGAGCUUGAAUACGUGAGCGAUUUCUAUCCUGUGACGCCGAGCCUUCAGCAUGAUUCUUCCAAUGAGGGCUUGGCACUGCCAGGGUCGAAUGAGCUGGUCGAUAGCUUUCACUCGAAUUACCACGUGUCGUCUAGUGUUUCAGAGCUUGACUUCCGGGAAGACCACUUCACACAGCAAUCUUCAGUGGGAGGUACAGCACACAGGUGGGAUUCCACUCAAAACACAUAUGGCCUCUCAGAUGAUUCGAAGCUCCAGAAGAGUCCACUGAGAGUCAGAGUACGCGACGCCCAUGUCAUUUGGAAUCUCUUUGAUGGAUACGACUGGCAACGAACCAGGGAUACAAUCUCCAAAGCUGUCAAGGAUGUAGAGAGGAAGGCUACGGAGCGCCGUGGAAGAGGAGGAAGCAGAGCAUCUCCAGGAUUUGAAGAAGAAAAGGAAGACGUCAUUGGAGACUUUCUAUUUAAUUCGAUCUACAUCGGAAUACCUGCCAAUAAGGAUCCGAGUGAUCUUCGUGGCGAUAUCAAUCGCAACAUUGACGAUCUUGCCAGCGAGACUGGCAGCUAUGCAACGACAAGUACGGCUACCACGAUCCGGCCAAACCACUCGCCUAGCCUUAGAGGGAAGAAGCUGCGCCUGUCACGAAGCAAGUAUCAUAAGAUGACCUUUGAACUAAAGGGCAUCAGUGCAGACCUCGUCGUUUUCCCGCCCGAUUCAGGCGAGACGCAAAACUCGCUGGACAUCCGGGUAAAAGACCUUGAAAUCUUUGACCACGUACCAACUUCUACAUGGAAGAAAUUCGCCACCUAUAUGCAUGAGGCUGGAGAAAAGGAGAGUGGGACCAGUAUGCUACAUCUUGAGAUCUUGACUGUCCGACCUGUUCCAGACCUUGCUGCUUCGGAAAUUGUUCUCAAGGCGACAUUACUCCCUCUUCGUCUCCACGUUGACCAGGACGCUCUGGACUUCCUCAGCCGAUUCUUUGAGUUCAGAGAUGAUUCGGCACCCGCUCCUCCAGGGCCUCCUCAAGACGUGCCGUUCCUGCAGCGUGUGGAGAUUAACGCAGUCCCGGUCAAGCUCGACUUCAAGCCCAAGCGGGUCGACUACGCUGGACUUCGGUCUGGCCGCACCACCGAAUUCAUGAAUUUCUUUGUUCUAGAUGAGGCUAAUAUGGUGAUGCGACACGUCAUCAUAUAUGGAGUAUCCGGAUUCGACAAGCUCGGACAAAUGCUCAACGACAUUUGGAUGCCAGAUAUCAAGCGGAACCAGCUACCCAGUGUUUUGUCGGGACUCGCCCCGCUCAGGUCCCUAGUUAAUGUCGGAAGCGGCGUGAAAGAUCUCGUCGCAGUACCAAUGCGUGAGUACCGAAAGGACGGCCGUAUUGUACGCAGCAUCCAGAAGGGCGCGUUCGCUUUCGCCAAAACCACGUCCAAUGAGCUCGUCAAGCUGGGCGCCAAGCUUGCCCUCGGCACGCAGAAUGUGCUACAAGGUGCAGAGGAACUUCUCACCACGCCGGCGGGCCUGCCAUUGGGAGAUGAGGAAGACGACGGCGACGACGAAGGAGCCAAGAAGAUCUCGCUCUAUGCAGAUCAGCCGGUCGGAGUCGUACAAGGUCUUCGAGGAGCGCUCAGGGGAUUGGAGCGCGACCUGCUCCUGACGCGAGAUGCGAUCAUCGCCGUUCCCGGAGAGGUAGCGGAGAGUGGCAGCGCUAAGGCUGCUGCAAAGGCGGUUUUGAAACGAACGCCGACGGUUAUCCUUCGGCCAGCGAUUGGUGUCUCCAAGGCUGUAGGACAAACGUUACUGGGAGCCGGGAACUCAUUGGACCCCAGCAAUCGCCGCAGAGUGGAAGAUAAAUAUAAACGGCAUUAG